GGAGAUAGAACUGACAUCUGCAGAAGUUGAGGCUGUUUUAGUUUUUGCAUCCCAAAAGGGCGCAGCUAUGCACAGCAAACGUUUUAUCCUCUUAAUAAACAAACAAACAAACACCAGCUAAUCUUUUCCUCACUUAAAAUGCUUUAAUUGCAUCAUCAACCAAACAACUGUAGGUCAUUCCAUCUCUUUCGUACCAACCCAACCCCUCUCUCUCUGUCUCAAAUCAAACCCUUUCUCUCUCCUCUCUGUCUCUUCUUUCCUAAAUCUUCCCCAAUUUCAGUCUCCCUCUAAAGCUUCCACAACCCACUUCGAUCUUUCACAGCUUUUUCACGCCCUCAUUUUUUCUGGGUUUGAAUCGAAUAACCCAAAAAAGUACUCAAAAAAUGGUGAUUGUGGGAUUGGUAUGAAUGAAAAUUCACAAAAUGGUGAUUGGGUUCAUGGUCAUGACUCGUUUCGCUUCAUCAUCAUCAUCUUCUGGGUUGUCUUUACUAUUGAGCUCCUUUGAUCUCGAUGUUGCUGCUGAAUGUCGAUUCCAAUUGCGCCAGCGAUCGGCAUUGAAGUGCUAUUCUAUUGCCUCCGAAACUUUCUUCGAUCACCUCCGCAUUCAUUUUGGAUUUCUCUAAUUAGGCUUUGGAAACAGUUUGUUUUUCUCUUCUUCUCGCUUUUCCUGCUAGGUGUUUGUUUAUUUGCCGGAAUGAAUUCCGGGAAUGGUUCGGGUAUGCCUUAUUCCGGCAAUAGUUUGAAAAGCAUUUGUUUGUUUGGCGCCGCAGAGCCUCCUACCGCUGAUGAAGAUUAUGUAGAGAAAGACCCGAGAGCUCGAUACGUUCGGUACAAUGAAAUCUUGGGCAAGGGUGCAUUCAAGACUGUCUACAAGGCAUUUGAUGAAAUUGAUGGAAUAGAAGUUGCUUGGAACCGUGUGAAGAUUGAUGAUGUGGUGCAGUCGCCAGAACAUUUGGAAAAAUUGUAUUCCGAAGUCCAUCUUCUUAAAACAUUGAAACAUGAAAAUAUCAUCAAAUUCUAUGAUUCAUGGAUUGAUGAUAAGAAGAAGACCGUCAACAUGAUCACAGAGCUCUUCACAUCUGGGAGUCUGAGGCAAUACCGGAAGAAACACAAAAGCGUUGAUAUGAAGGCUAUAAAGAAUUGGGCUAGGCAGAUUCUCCGAGGUUUAGACUAUCUUCAUUGUCAAAAUCCGCCAAUUAUCCAUAGGGACUUAAAAUGUGAUAAUAUUUUUGUUAAUGGAAACCAUGGAGAAAUUAAAAUUGGAGACCUUGGAUUGGCAACUAUUAUGCAGCAGCCUACCGCUAAGAGUGUUAUUGGAACUCCUGAAUUUAUGGCUCCAGAGCUGUAUGAGGAGGAAUAUAAUGAACUGGUGGACAUAUAUUCUUUUGGGAUGUGCAUGUUGGAAAUGGUUACAUUUGAUUAUCCUUAUAGUGAGUGCAAGAAUCCAGCUCAAAUCUAUAAGAAGGUUACCUCGGGUAUUAAACCGGCCUCCCUUAGCAAGGUGAAUGAUCCUGAAGUUAAGCAAUUCAUUGAGAAAUGUCUGGUUGCGGCGUCUCAAAGAUUGCCCGCCAAGGAACUUCUUAAAGAUCCAUUUCUUCAAUCUGAGACUCUAAAGGUGGCCAUUUGUGAUCCGUUGCAGUUACCUAACCAACUUCCCCGAUCAUUAAGUUUAUUGAACUCUGGGCCUCAUUCCAUGGAAAUUGAUCCAGACUAUAACCACUCCGUAUGUACAGACUCCAACGGUUGGAGUCCUUGUUUUCCAGUUGUUGAAUUCCAGAGGGUGCACCAGAACAAUGAAUUUAGGUUGAAGGGGAUAAAAAAUGAUGACAACUCAGUAUCAUUGACCUUGCGAAUUGCUGACUCGGGUGGCCGAGUAAGGAAUAUACACUUCCACUUCUACCUUGAUACUGACACUGCACUAUCGGUUGCGGGUGAGAUGGUUGAACAAUUGGACUUAGCAGAUCAUGAUGUGGCAUUUAUUGCUGAGUUAAUUGAUUACUUAAUAAUGAGAAUUCUACCUGGAUGGAAACCUUCAUCAGAUUACAACUCAAGUGGAAUGAGAAGUACAUGUGUAGGUUCUCCAAGACUUGGCAAUGAUCUAAACUCAAUGCCAAAUCCAUGGGAUACAAUGCUAACCUGUCGUCCACCAGAUGGAUUCUCUAAGUUGAAUACAAGACCCGGAGAAGGUUAUGUACAAGCCAACGAAGCUACCUUGCUUAACAACUCUGAUUGUGCUACUCCUCGUGCUGUACAUAGUAGGUCUCCGAGUUUGGCAAACUUUGAAGAUGACGAGUCGCAAGCAUCAGCCGCUUCCGAGGUGAUGUCACAAGAUGUUUCUACAAAGAAUGAUAAACUGAGUGGAUCUGUUGAGUUUGUCAUUGAUGAAAGCUCGAAAGCCUUUAGUGGGUACAGCUCUGAGAUGGAAUUCAGGGAUUUAUACUACAAUGAUUUUGAAUUUCAGGGAAAUUUUGGUUCUGAAGAAUUCACACCGAUGAAUGAAUUGAGGAAGAGCUCUGAAUUGUCCUUUGUUGAUUUAAGCGGACCUUCUAAAGUCAUGAGCUUGACAAGUUGUUCAUCUUUGUCCUUGUCGGAAAAAGAUCAGGAUGUUGAUCUUAAGUUGGAGCUGGAUGCAAUUGAUGCACAUUAUCAGCAAUGGUUUCAAGAACUCACGAGGAUGAGGAAGGAAGCGAUGGAGGCCACCAGGAAGAGAUGGAUGACGAAAAAGAUGGCGGUACAAUGAACGUGAAUAUAUUAUUUUAUAUUUUUUCAUUUAAUUUAUUUACUUGGGGUGUGGAAGAUGUUUCUUUGUGAUCUGCAACUUCCAUUAACAUUGUUACAUUUGGAUUUCUUUGUAUGUUUUAUGAUUUGGAACCUUCA